AUGAUCUUCGAGACCCCCGCUAUUUCUGCUUCACGAAGUACUAUUGAUUUGCUCUAUUCGGAAGAUGAAUUCAAAGCAAUCUUAAGACCAUAUUACGAAGGAUUCAACAAAACAACGGAAAAUGCUGAUGCUAAAGGCUCGAUGGAGUUUAUGCACCCACAAGGAGUAAUUGUGCAAAGAGACGUAUCAUCGACUUUCGGAAAAGAAGCGCUAACCGACUUAUUCAAACGCUGGUAUUCUUUCACUGGCCCAUAUUACUUUAAUAGAUACAAUGAAAAGUACAGUGGUGGUGGAGAUUGGAUAACAGUGGAAUCUCAAAUGAAACUAGUGAAAGUCAACUCGAACGAGGUGAUUGUCAAAGGAGAUGUGAUGCAUAUUUGGAAGAAGGAUGGCGAUAAAUGGCUCAUAUUUUAUGAACAAUAUCAUGUUGAUAAAUAA